AUGAUAACGAUAUCAAAACAAUAUAAAAAAAAUCUAAAUAAUUUAAAAACACCUUUAAUUACAAAUUUUUUCAUAAAUUCAUUUUCUAAUAAUUAUAAUAAUUAUAAUAAUAAAUAUUUUACUAAUGAUAAUAUAAUAAUAAAUCCAAUAACCAACCAAUUAGAUAAUAAUAAUAGUAAUAAUAGUAAUAAUAGUAAUAAUAAUAAUAACAAUAGUAAUAAUAGUAAUAAUAAUAAUAAUAGUGAUGAUAUAAAAAAUGAUAUAAAAAAUGAUGGCAUAAAUAUUAUCAAAAAAGAAAUACCGAAAACUAAAAAAAUGAAAAUUAAAAUUAAAUCCAAUGUUCCAUAUUUAUCAUUAUCAAAUGGUGAAAAGAUUUAUUUUAAAAAGCCAACUAAUGUAAUAAAGAAAACUAUUCAACAAAUACCAUCAUCAUUCGUUUUAAAUGAUUACCAAAUGCCAUUUCAACAACAUCCACAAAUUGUAGAUUCUCCUAUAAUAGAUACUGACUUUCAAUUUAAUAGUUAUAAUUAUGGUCAAGAUACUUUUAAUACUAAUAAUCAUCAUCAUCGUCACUCAAUUGAACAAAUGAAUUUUGAAAAUAUAGUUAAUCAAAUAACAUCAUCAUCAUCAUCAUCAUCAUCAUCAUCAAAAACAAUAAAUGUAAAUAAUAAAAAAGAUUCAAUAUUAAAUAAUAUUGAAAAUAAUGUAAAUAAUAAUAAUGUACCAAUAAUAGGUGAUACUACUACUACAACUUCAACAACAAUGACAACAACAAUGACAACAAUAAAAGAUAUUAAAAUUGAAAAAAGAAAAAAACAUACUGUAUUAAUUGAUGGUACAUUAAUGGCAUAUAAGGCAAAUGCAACGACACCAUCAUUAACUAAUGAAGGUAUGAAUGUUAAUGUUUUAUAUGGAUUUAUGAGAUCAAUGUUAAAGGUUAUUGAUGAAUUGAAACCAAUUGAUAGUAUAGUGGUUUGUUUUGAUCCAAAAGGUGGAAGUAGUUUUAGACGUGAUUUAUAUCCAGAAUAUAAAUCCAAUAGACCACCAACACCACCAGAAUUAUUACAACAACUUUUACUAAUACCCGAAGUCACAGAUUCAAUAAAUGUUGCAUUCACAAAAGUCGAUGGUUAUGAAUGUGAUGAUUUAUUAGCAACCUAUUCAAAACUUGCCACUCAAGAAGGCAACAAAUUCAUUGAGGGCAAUGACCAGUAUGAUCCAACGCAUCCAGAGAGUAAUAGAUUCAAUGGGUCACAAGUUACAAUAGUGACCGAUGAUAAAGAUAUUUAUCAAUUGGUUAAUGAUAAUGUAAGUGUCUACAGUACUAGAAGAGGAUCAAUGGUAGAUAAACAAGGUGUCAUUGAUAAAUUUGGGUUUGAACCAAAUAAAUUUGUAACUUUUCAAAGUUUAAUUGGUGAUAAAGUUGAUAACAUCCCAGGUAUACCAAGAAUUGGUGAAAAAACUGCAACUGAUAUCAUAAAGAAAUUUGGUAACCUAAAUUCAAUCAUUGAAAAUAUUGAUCAAUUACCUCAAAAAUUCAUUGAACCAAUUAGGUCAUCAAUUGAUCAAUUAAGAAUUUCUUAUCAAUUAGCAAAAUUAAAUGAUAAUGUUUCAAUAAAUUUAAAUUUAGAUGAUAUUAAAUAUAAACCAAUUGAUAGAACAAAAUUUUAUAAUUUUUUAGAUAAAUAUAAUUUUACCUCAAUUAAAAGUUCAGUUGAAAAAUUAAAUAAACUUUUUAGUGAUAAUCAAGAAAUAACAACAUCAACAUCAACAACAAAUUUAGAAACAAUUAAAAAAAAUUAUUCAAAAGUUGAAUUUAAUUAUAUUGAUGAUGAAAAUAUUAAAUUUGAUGAAAUUUCAAAUGAAGAAAUUAAUCAAUUAAAACCAAAGAAUGUAACAAUGGUUAGAGAUGUUGAAACAGCAAGAAUGGUAGUAUCGAUUUUAAUGAAACAAAAAGAUAGAUUUCAUGCAUGUGAUACAGAGGUUAUUGAUAUUGAUUUAAAGAAAUUCUCACCAAUUGGACAUGGUAAAAUGAUUUGUUUUAGUAUUUAUUGUGGACCACAAGUUAAGUUUCAUGAUGGUAAUUCGAGAGUAUGGGUUGAUGUUAUGGAUGAUAUUGAGGGUGAUGAGAUUUUACAAGUUUUUAAAGAAUACUUUGAAGAUGAGUCAAUAUUAAAAGUUUGGCAUAAUUAUGCAUUCGAUAGACAUAUUUUCUAUAACCAUGGUAUCAACGUCAAAGGCUUCGGUGGUGAUACAUUACAUAUGGCAAGAUUGUGGAAUGCUUCUAGAAUGAAUUCUGGCGGCUAUUCAUUGGAGGCCCUAAGUAAGGAAUUAUUAAAUAAACCAAAGGUUCCAAUUAAGGAUUUAUUUGGUACAAGGAAAAUUAAAGCUGAUGGCGAAGAAGGUAAAUCCAUAGUUAUACCACCAUUGGAAAGAAUUCAACGUGAUAGCAAAUUCAUAUUGAAUUGGAUAGAAUAUUCAUCAUUGGAUUCUGAAUUGACUUGGCUACUUCGUGAAAAUAUUCAUAUCAAGUUGAGAGACAUGGAAUGGAAUCAAGGUACUACAAUGUGGGAUUUCUACUACCUAAUGUGGAGACCAUUUGGACAUCUAUUGACUGAAAUGGAGCAAAGAGGGCUAAAAGUGGAUAUUGACUAUUUGAAAUCUUUGGAAGAGAAAGCCUAUACCGACAUGGAGGAGAAUAGAAAGGUGUUUUUAAAUUGGGCAAAAACCCAUUCACCAGAUGCUGAAAAUAUGAAUCCAGUUAGUGAUGCUCAAAUUCAACAACUCUUUUUCGCACCCGUUCAAAAUAAGAAAACCAAAGAAUCUUUACCAUUGGAAAAAGAUUUCGAAUGUGAUAAUUUAGAUGGUACAAUUGAAGUUGGUAAAACUAAACCAAAGAAAAAGAAAACAUUUUAUUUAAGAGGUAUUGGCAUGGAAUCUAAGUCUUUAACUACAAAUGGCUGGCCAUCGGUGGAUUCAUCGUCACUUAGAGAAUUGGCAGGUAAAAAUCCAAUCGAUGGGAAGUACGGCUCAGCUUAUGAUUUCUUUGUGAAAUCCAAAAAUGAAUGUUAUAAAGAUUUACCAAUUGAAGAACGUGAACAAAUGGGUAGGGAAGCAUCAAUUGCGAUCAAUGCUUUGUUAGAGCUUGGUAGUAUCGGUACAUUGUUGAAUACAUUUAUAAUACCAUUACAGAAAUUAGCCGACUCAAAUUCACGUCUUCAUACAUCAAUCAAUGUAAAUACAGAAACUGGUAGAUUAUCAUCAAAGAAACCAAACCUUCAAAAUCAACCAGCACUUGAAAAGGAUCGUUAUAAAAUUAGAAAAGCAUUUACAUGUGAACCUGGCAACACAUUGAUCGUGGCCGAUUACGGUCAAUUGGAGUUACGUCUACUAGCUCACAUAACUAAUUGUAAAAGUAUGAUAACAGCAUUCCAAGUGGGUGGUGAUUUUCAUAGUAGAACCGCAAUGGGUAUGUAUCCACAUGUUAAAGAAGCAAUCGAUAGAGGAGAGGUAUUGUUAGAAUGGGAUGGAGAGGGUGAGCCACCAAAACCACUCCUUAAAAAUGUUUAUGCCUCUGAAAGACGUAAAGCUAAAACUUUGAAUUUCUCAAUCGCCUACGGUAAAACCGCUCAUGGUCUAUCACAAGAUUGGGGUGUAACCCUAAAUGAGGCUAAAGAAACCCUCAAUCGUUGGUAUGAAGAUCGUCCAGAAGUUUUAGUUUGGCAAAGAAAAACCAUUGAAACCGCUCAUAAAUAUGGUUGGACUAGAACUCUAAUGGGUAGAUAUCGUCAAUUACCCGAUAUAAAAGGUAACAAAGGUAUGAAAGGUCAUGCUGAAAGAGCUUCAAUCAAUACCCCACUUCAAGGUGGUGCAGCUGAUAUCGUAAUGAAAGCAAUGCUCAUCAUUGAAGAUAAUAAACGUCUAAAAGAAUUAGGUUUCAAAUUAAUCAUGCAAAUUCAUGAUGAACUCAUCUUGGAAGGUCCUGAACAACAUGCAGAUGAAGCUCGUUCAAUCAUGAUGAACUUAAUGAGUAAUCCUUUAACAACUCCUUUAUUAAUUGAUUUAGUUGUUGAUUGUAGAUAUGCUAAAACUUGGUAUGAUGCAAAAUAA